AUUACCACAAUUGUCUUAUCGAGUUCAAAUUGAAGAAUCCGGACCAUUUUUGUAUGCCACUGGCGCUGGGUGUUUGGACAUUUUUCGGUUCGCGCUGAUUGAAUUCGGCCAGGUGAAGAUGCGCCCUCAAAGGGCAACCAAGUAGGCCAUUUUCGCUAAUGGUCGUAGGUUUUUUGAAUCGUGUGUUCUGGAGGUGGUUUUAGUGAAGUUGCAGCAGCAGGCGUUGAGGUGGAAAGCGAGUGCUAUGAAAAGCUGUAUUUGGUGGUGACGUUACCAGUGCGGAUCGAUUGACAAAUACAAACAAUAAACCUAAAUAGUAGGAGCUUAUAAUCCCUAUCUAUGCCUACUGAGGAGCAGAACGACCGUAUUUUAUUGCAUCACAGUAGGCCGACCGGUGGUAAAAUUCGAAGAGCACACCGACUGGAAGGACGCUACAAUGACGUCAAAACAACGCUCGACGGCCUACUAGAAUCGAAACCAGACGGCAGCGUAAUCCAUAGGACCAUUUUUACACGAAACGCAUCAAAGACAGCCGGGAGCAGAAGCAGAAGCAAAACUAUCCCUCGAGUCCUCCUCUAGAUAUCUAAGCUUCCCAAUUUCUCUAAACCUAGUAUCGCAAUAUCAGCUGAGACCAUCUUGCCUGACAUUCUCCACUUUUUGGAUCGAAUUAGAUACACUUCUUUUGGCAAAGGAAGGCAAGUGUUUCGAAACGCACAAAACAAAGGUUAGCUUUCUACCUUACGAACACACUUACACAUCAACCAUCAACGUAUGAAACAGCUAAAGGACCACCGGAGUAAGCUGAUCAGAAUGUUGACCCGUCGGAAUUGGCUGCUACGGUGCAGCAUCCUGAUCAAUGUGGCGGUGUUGCUGUACCUGUGCAGCCAUCUGCUGAUCGGGGGCGGAAACUUUGCCCUCGGCCCUGCCUAUAUCAUAUCGGCCGAUACGGACACAACGAUUGCGGCUGCGGCGUCUGGCGGCGGCUAUCGGGGGCACUUGCCGGCCAAGGUUGCCCAGCAGUUGAGGCAAGAGGAGCGACUCGAGGAGCUGCUGGAAUCGUCCCAGCAGCUUGCCCAGCAGCAGCAGCAACAGCAACAGUCCCAGAAUCAGCAGCAGCAUCAGCACAACAAUGUGGUGGUGAAGAUUCAGGAAAACGGGAUCAGCGUCCAAGAGGUUCCGCAGGUUCCACAACUGGGUCAAUCCCAGCAACAGCAACAGCAAGACCGGAUGCUUCUGGAGGCCGCUGCCGGAGGUCGAGAUGUAGAUAAUUCUAAUAGUAACGUAGAGGAUAGUCGAUUCGAUGUGCCAAUAGACGAAACCCUGGGUAACAGUAAUCAGAACGGGAACGGUGGUGGUCCAAAGAUGGCGCCAUCUGGUGGUGGGCCAGAGAUCCUUUACCAGGAUGGGUCCCUCAUGACAGGACCAAACGGAGCGGGAGCUGGUCUCCUGAACGUUAGUGAUAUCUUUUCGACCACAGCGUCGAUCGAUCUCGAAAUGAAACUGAGGUCGCUAUUGAACUGUCACGAUCGUGACUACGAGCCGUACAUCGGCCAGCGGGGUGACUUCUGGGUGCUCAAGAACUACGUCCGUGCCGAGCACGGGGAGCUGAGGUGUCACGAGACCAUCACCUACACCACGCACGCCGACUACACGUUCCUCGAUAAUCUGAUACCACUGGUCGAAAGGUGGAACGCCCCGGUCAGUUUGGCGAUGCACGCGCCUGGCACCGACUUCAUGCCCACCGUCGGCGCGAUCAAGUAUCUGCGAGACUGCCUGCCCGAGAGCCAUCUUGUUCGUCAGUUUGUCACCUUUCAUAUUUAUUUUAGUAGUAAACAUAUUCCAAAAGUUGUUCCUAAAUACGACAAAGUAUUAGAACCGCCGUACAACUGCUCGCAGCAUCCGCCCUUCUACAACAUGUCGAGCGGGCAGCUGUACAAGACGCAGAAGAAGCUGCUGUAUCCGGUGAACGUGGGCCGGAACAUUGCCCGGGACGCGGCGAUGACCCACUUCAUCCUAGCUAGCGAUAUCGAAUUGUACCCGAAUCCGGGCCUGGUGCACAAGUUCCUAGAGAUGAUCGUGCGAAACGAGCCGGUGCUGCAGCGGAAAAAUCCGAGGGUCUUUCCGCUGUCGAUUUUUGAGGUGGACAGCAGCUCGCCGGUGCCGCGGGACAAAACGGAGCUGCAGGAGCUGCUGCGGCAGGGCAAGGCCAUCUCGUUCCACAAGCGAGUUUGCUCCAGCUGCCACGGGGUGCCCAAGUCGAAGGAGUGGAUCGCAGCCAAUGAAACUGACGAUUUGGGAGUGUUUCACAUAGGAAAGCGGGUGGGAUACUUUAUCCACUGGGAGCCGAUCUACAUCGGAACCCACGCAGAUCCACACUACGAUGAGCGGUUAAGUUGGGAGGGAAAGAGUGAUAAAAUGACGCAGGGUUACGCGCUCUGCGUGUUGGAUUACGACUUCCACAUCCUGGACAAUGCCUUCCUGGUGCACAAACCAGGCAUCAAGGUGCUGAAGAAGGAUCCGAAGCGGGCCAUGCUGGCCGCCAAGACCAAUCAGCUGAUCAAGAAGAUCAUCUACCCGGAGCUGCAGAUCAUGUACGGUUCCCGGAAGGGCUGCGCCGUAUAGUUGAAGGGGAAACUCCCGGCGGCCCAAUAGUAUAAGGGGAAUGGCAAUGGCAGAGGUGGUGGCAGCGAGAGGAGGACUGACGACAAGAUGAUCUCCGGUGACAUCCGGAUUGCCAACGCCGAUGCCGACGCCGCCUCUGCCACUGCUGGUGGUGGUGGUGGUUCUAGAGCAGGUGGUGGGAUGCUUUCUGCCGUCGCUUCCCCUCCGAAUCCGAUCCUGGCCGGGGCCGGAUUUCUGGUGACCUUCCUCGAGCAGCGCCCGCACGUAGGCAGCCGACGGAAGAAGGGAAAACGUAAGGGUUACGUCAGACGGCGGAAGUAAAUCUAGCGAUAAGACGUGUAAGUAUGUGUACGUAUGUAUGUACUGUGUGCUAAGCUAAGUCGCAUUUUACGAUAAUCAGGACAAAGUGCGUUUGGGCAAAGAAUAACUAGGCGGGUGCGAGAGUUUUGUACAUUAUUGUUUGAAUGAAAAAAUUGCAUGCGGCCAGAAUAUUGAACGCAAUAAGGCUUAGAUCAGUAAGGAAAAGAACGGUGAUAUGAAAAAAAUACUGUCUUAAAUAUACUCUUAGACUAAAACAAUGCUAAACUAUUGUAAGAUAAAGCAAAAAAAAAAACAAACAAGAAAAACAAAUUGGCUGUUUGGUUAACGCAGAUAAAGUAAAGUAGUGACACAGUAUCGAUGUGAUACACAAUUUUUUGUAACUUUUGUCAGUGGUAGAAAUUUUUUCCACACCGAGAGAUAAUUCACACACGAAAAAAAAAUACAUUUGGAUCCUUAAAACGAGGCAAAGUAAAAGUUAAAAAAUGUUGGCAACGCUGAAGCUAACACAAGUAAAUCACACAAACACGAAUGAUGUAGUGAUGAAUAUUUUAUAAAUCACUUUUACACCUUAAACAAACAAAAAAAAAUCAAGUAAAAUCAACAACGUUAUCACACAUUGUGGAAAAUCAACAUGUAAACGAAAAAGGAAAAAAAAUGAAAAGAAUUUAGAACCACAAAACGCAACAUGAAACUUUUAAAUGGAAAAUGAGAAGCACAUUGAUCAGCAGACUGUUGAGAUGAAUAUCAAAAACGUAAUGUCGAAGAACUAUCGAACAUUUCUUUUGAUUUUGACAUUUUAAAAUUUUUUCAUUAAAAAUGUUUUUUUUUGUUUAAACUUUUUUUUUGUUAAAACUAAAUUUGGAUUGAAAUUUAGGAAUCAGAUAAAAAAAGAUAUUUUGAAUGACUUUAUUUUUACGUAUCCAACGUUUCGAUCCUUAAAGGAUCUUAAUCAGGAACUAAAAUUUGUAAAAAUAAAGUUGUUCUUACUGAAAAAACUGAGACUGAAAGCCGAAAAUCAACUUACUAAAAGUAAACUGAACAGUCACAAAAAAAUAAUCUGUAUUCUGAAUUCUAAAUUCUGAAUUCUGAAUCUGAAUUCUGAAUUCUGAAUCUGAAUUCUGAAUCUGAAUUCUGAAUCUGAAUUCUGAAUCUGAAUUCUGAAUCUGAAUUCUGAAUCUGAAUUCUGAAUCUGAAUUCUGAAUCUGAAUUCUGAUUCUGAAUCUGAAUUCUGAAUCUGAAUUCUGAAUCUGAAUUCUGAAUCUGAAUUCUGAAUCUGAAUUCUGAAUCUGAAUUCUGAAUCUGAAUUCUGAAUCUGAAUUCUGAAUCUGAAUUCUGGAUCUGAAUUCUGAAUUUUGAAUCUGAAUUUGAAUUCUGAAUUCUGAAUCUUAAUUUUUAUCUGAAUUCUGAGUCUGAAUUCUGAAUCUGAAUAUAAAUUCUAAAUUUUAGAUCGGCAUUCUGAAUCUGAUUUCGGAAUUUUGUAUCCGAAUUUUGGAUUUUGAAUCUGAAUUUGGAAUAUGAAUUCUGAAUCUGAACUUUGAAUUAUGAAUCUGAAUUCUCAUUUCCGAAUUUUUUGCAUUCGAAACUUUUACACUCGGAAUUGGACUUCAAUUAUUUUUUGUUUAUUUCUGAAAUCCGAAAUGAAAAAAAAGAUCAGUAAAAAUGCAUUUUGUCUCCAUCAUGAGUGCCUUAAAGUAAUGGAGAGACAAGAAGAGUAAAUCACAUCCAACUCAUUCAGAUCGAAAUCAUUCACCGAUUGCGUCAGUUGUUUGAUUGUGUUAGCUUAAAAUCAGUCAAUGUACUCAAUGGAACGCAAAGUUUUUGCUGUUUUAAUGCACAUCAUCAGAAAUCAUAAAAAUAGGAAAUUUUUAUCUCCAGCCCAUGGUUCCACUAAAUGGAUAACAAAUCUUGAAGUCAGCAGCCGAAAUGAUCAAAAAUUGCUGUUGAAUUUUUUAGAGUGCUUAGCAUAGCUGCAUUGAUUUUAAACAACAAGAUCUAAUCUUUGUUCAGGUUAUUGGUUUGAAAAUACGUACUAUCUACUCCUCGUGUUUUGCUUUCCUUAAAAUUGUACUGAAGUAGAAACAAAUCCAAAUCGAAAAUAUCUACCCUAGGAGAAGUUACUUGAAAAAACCUCUACACUCAAUUCAAUUAUGUUAUCGGGUAAAGCUCCAAAGUAAGAUAGAACAAAAACCUAGUGGAAAAUUCUUUGCAGUGUAUCAUCGAAACUGGAAUAACAUUUCGAAAGGAUGAAAUUCAUUCCAGAUCGAGAGUAAGAUCCCUUAAGAAAUUUGCCUGCUAGAAAAAAUCAAGGUUUUAUUCGAGUUUUAGCAUUUUACUUACACAACAAAACUAGGCCUUGAUCAAAGACCAAUAAUAUCUGAUGGGGCUUUCAACACACACAUUUGUGUCCAUCGACGCCACUUUUCCAUGCAAUAGCAAAAAAAAAAAACAAACAAAAAACUAAAACGUACCGGUAGACCGUUUACCAGUUAAUUAAGUUCGGAGAGACUAGUUUUUAGACGUUUCGUAACAGUAAAAGUUGUAUCAAAUACAAAAGAAAAAGAUAAAAAUAGGAGUUACUUCCCAGUAUGGGAGCAAAAAUAUCGAUUGCCACUUGUAUGACUAGAUACUUUUAAUGCGGACAUUUUUUCGCGCUCCCCUAGUUUUUAGUGUUACAUUUUUCCGUUCUUUCAUUUUUUAUUUUCAAUAGAUAUUAGUUGACAGCUAGUUAGAACUGUAUAGAUUCCUGAAAGCCUGUUUUCUCUGAAUGACGUCGCUUAAACAAAAAGCAAAGUUUUACCAUACGUAGGAUUCUUUGGGUACCUUAGUAGAUGUCAAAAUAGUGUUUGUUUUAGUGAAACACCUCGAUACGAUUCAAAUUCAUACCCUUGAAACAAGAUUUUUUCCAAUCUAGUGUUCUUUGUAGUGAUGAGAGUUUUCCGCCCUAGAUUCAUUAGAAUUUAUUUCAAUAUCAAAUCCAAGCAAGCCGCGAAUAGUAUAAAGGUUUCCAACUCCAUGGGAAUAGUUUCGAGCUCAAUUGAGUAGGCUAUACGAAACAGAAGUAAACACCCCAGAGAACAUCUUUUGGGAAAGCUUAACUUUUCAAAGGGAUGUUAAUAUUAUUUAUUACCAUUCCUAGAUCCAACCUAGACUCCAUCUACAACAUUUCAUGAGCUUUGCAUUGAUCAAUUCCACAUCUAAAUACUAUGCAUUCAACAUGCAUUUAUUUCUAUAAAAAAAUGCGUUUACCUUUUUUGCAUCAUCAGACAUCAACUUAUUUAAUCACACUUACAAAUUCAUGUCAAUUGUUGCCAGUAGUUACGAUUCAUUGCCGAAGGUUCAGAUUGAUUUACCUACGCAAAAUUUCCUGAUCUGUAUACACGCAUCUCUUCUUCCAAUGCAACAAUUAUUGGAAGCUGAAUUUAAAACUAACACGCGAAUCCAUUUCAUCGUCAUCGAUUUGUUUUGUGCAAAAAAUAAUAAUAAAAAACGAAACCAAUGACUAGGAGAAAAUUCGAAAAAAGUUACUGUAUUGUAACAUUAGUGAGAGUAUCCAUGUAUAAGCAAAUCAAAAAGAAUAAAAGGAAGAAGUAAAACAAAGAACAACGGAAACGCAGAAAAUAACAGUAUCGAAUCAGCAUCAAUACUCACAAUCACAAACACACACACACAAACGUACAUGAAAAUACCCAUUGUCUUUUAGUGAAAAUGAGCGACGAAGCGUAGAAGAAAAAGGAAAACACAACUACC